AUGAAUUUGACAAUUAGCUAUGAUUAUGCAAAAGCUUUAUUUCAGAAUGAAAGUAUUGAUGAAUAUAAUUAUGGUUCAAAAUUGAAUGCUUGCAUCGAUGUGGAAGGUUUUGUGAGAUUUUUCUUCAAAUUAACUUAUAAUUUUGAAGAAGGUAAAAUUAUGCGUCAAUAUAGCUCACAAAAUGAUGGAAAUCUAUCAGUGAAUGAUUUAAAGAAUUUCUUGAUCAAUGUACAAAAGUUUGAAAAUAUUGAUAACAAUAUCGCAGCUUCGAUCAUAAAUGAAAUUACCAUGAAGUUAGGCACUUAUCAAAUUGAGAAACGUACGAAUUUAUUAGGACCAUUUGGUUUUCGUACUUUAUUACGUUCACGUUUGGGUAACAUUAUGAAAUAUGGACAUGAAAAUAUUUUUCAAAAUAUGGAUCAACCAUUAUCACAUUACUUUAUUAAUUCAAGUCAUAAUACUUACUUAAUUGGUAAUCAGGUAAAAGGUGAAGCAACUGUAGAAGGAUAUAUUAAUGCUAUUCGAAAAGGAGCUCGAUUACUUGAGUUAGACGUUUUUGACGGAAAUGACGGAGAGCCGUGUAUCAGACAUCGUGGUACACUGAUAUCAUCGAUAUAUUUGAAGGAUGCUCUAAUGGCAAUCCGUAAUUAUGCAUUCAAAUAUACACCGUUUCCACUUAUUUUAACAAUUGAAAAUCAUUGUAGCUUAAAGCAACAACGUGUUAUGGCUAAAAAUUUUAUUAAGAUUCUUGGUAACAGUAUUUAUUUGACACCUAAAAAUAAACCUUUAAUACAAUUACCAUCACCUAAUCAACUCAAAUACAAAUAUCUUUUACGUGGCAAAGUACGAUCAAUCACAUAUAAACGAUAUGCAAAUGAUAAAUGUGAUGAGGAUGAUGAAGUAGCCGGAUCAGUAUUACUUAUAGAUCCGGAAUUAUCAAGAUUAAUAUCGCUUUUUCAAGUUAAACUAUCGAAUAAUUUGCAUGAUGAUAUUGAAAAACAUCCGGCAAAUUGUUCAGUGUCAAUAUCGGAAACAAAAAUAGGAAAACUGAUGGAAAUUAGUGAAUCAUUUGCUGCUUACAGUGCAAAACAUUUUGUUAAAUCAUAUCCGAAAGGUUUACGACAAAAUUCGAGCAAUUUUUGUCCAAUGCAAUCAUGGAUUUAUGGUAUACAAUCAGUUUCACUUAAUAUGCAAACAAAUGGUAAAGAUAUGGAUGUUAAUUCAGGAUUAUUUCGAAUAAAUGGAAAUUGUGGUUAUAUCCUGAAACCAUCUAGUUUAAUUAAAGGUUUAGAUCUUUCGAGAUUUGCCAAUACAAUCAAAGUGAUUAUGAAUCUUUCGGUGAUAAGUGGUGAAUAUUUACCAAAGCCAUUUUCAAAAGAAGGUGAAAUUAUUGAUCCAUAUGUUAUAGUGGAAAUUCUUGGUGUACCAGCUGAUUGUAAUAAAUUUCAAACAAAAAUUAUUAAUAAUAAUGGAUUUCAACCAGUUUGGAAAGAAUAUUUCAAAAUUGAAUUACAUUGUCCAGAAAUAGCAAUGCUUCGAUUAUGUGUCAAAGAUUAUGAUAAAGUUUCCAUGGAUGAUUUUAUUGGAGAAUUUAGCAUUCCAAUAAAUAGCAUUCGACAAGGUUAUUCACUUGUCAAUCUUUUUACUGGCUGCGAUCGAAUUUCUAAUUCACUUGCUGCUAUAUUUAUACAUGUUGAUUUUAUUGAUACAAAUGUUGAACGAACACAUUUAUGA